UUCUUAUCAAUCACUUUAUAACUUACUUCCGAUUUGAUGGUAUGCUGUAAGGUGCAACAACCCACGGAAAUACUUAUGUAUACCUAUAUGCGUGACGAUUGAGAGGGAGGCAAGAUACACGUGCAUUUCACCUCUGAGUGGGUCCUUUAAGUAUACAUUAUUCAACUAUGACAACAUGCGCAUGGAAACUGCUGGAAGAGCCUACGUUAGAGCCAGGUGUUGACUGACGACUUGUUGGGUGGACGGAAUUUGAUGAUUUGUUAGGCUUCCCUCAGACGGCGACCCUGGGAAGGUGCAUUAGUCGAUAACGGUAGUGCUUUUCCGCGAAUACCGGAGUCAUACUUUUCGCCAACCACUCUAUCGUUGUUCCACUCAUUCUUCACUCGCAAAGCUCUCGGCGAGACCAAUUCAGCUUCGUAUCGGGAGCGCAGAACGCUGCAGGUGAUGAGCCCAAGCUUGGACCUCGAACCCAGGGUCAUUGCCUCCGGAAACAACUCCGGCUACCUUCCGCGAAAUCGGGUUGUCAACACUGAGAACAGUCAAACCUCGAAUGACAAUGAGAGCGAUGAGGGCCCCAGUCACAGCCUUCUGCCUUCGGAACUAUCUCAAAAACCGCGGCAACUCCCCAUAGAGACCAACGUUCGAGCCGGUACAUCUCUAUCGCAAAUCGAUGAUAUGGAACAAACGGAACCUGCCAAAGAGCAGCCAAUAACGUGGCGCUCCCUCCCUCGCAAGGACCAGCUCUUCGUUAUUACUUUGGCACGGCUGUCAGAGCCGUUGACCCAGACUUCGCUCGGAUCUUAUCUUUUCUACCAACUCCAGUCAUUCGACAAGACAUUGCCUGAUGCUACUAUCGCUUACCAAGCUGGCAUAAUCAACGCCGCAUUUCCAUUUGCGCAAUUCCUUACUGCCAUGAUAUGGGGUCGCGUCGCCGAUUCCGAAUAUGGCGGUCGAAAGAGAGUGAUUUACUUUGGGCUGUUGGGAACCAUGUGCAGUAUCAUUGGCUUCGGAUUCUCGCAGAGCUUCCCGAUGGCGGUAGCUUGUCGAUGUAUCGGCGGCGUAUUGAACGGCAAUAUCGGCGUUAUGAGAACUAUGAUCAGCGAGAUCAUCAAGGAGAAAAAGUACCAGAGCAGAGCGUUCCUUAUUCUGCCGAUAACGUUCAAUAUUGGUGUCAUAAUUGGGCCGAUACUUGGUGGCAUUCUCGCAGACCCGGUUAAUACGUAUCCUUCCUUGUUCGGACCUGACUCUUUUAUCGGCGGCAAUGAUGGUGUCUCAUGGAUGAAGCGAUGGCCAUAUGCGCUGCCAAACAUCAUGAGUGCAUGUUUUCUGUUGUUCUCGGCCUUGGCUGUGAUAUUCUUUCUAGAAGAGACAAACGAACUUUGCACGGACAAACCGGAUCUUGGCUUGCGCAUUGGUAGGGUGAUACGCCGCUACAUUUGUUGUCAGAACACCGCGACCGAAUCCGGCUACACGGCCAUUCCAAAUGACGACUUUGAUGCUUCCAACAGCCUCGAGCUUCAGCCAACGCCGACGUCGACCCGUCCUCCAUCAAGCGACAAGACUAGCAAGGUUCUCCGUCAGAAACUACCCUUCCGUCGUAUCUGGACGCGGAAUCUCAUUCUUACCCUCCUCGCUCACGGUAUAAUGGCCAUGCAUGUGGGCGGUUUCAACACACUCUGGUUCAUCUACCUCUCUGCACCACGCUUCGACCCUGCGCACCCGCAUCCUCCGGCUUACAAACCACACGGCUUUGUACAUUUCACUGGCGGUCUAGCGUUACCUCCAAGGCACAUAGGUAUUGCGUUGGCUAUUCUUGGAGUUAUCGGUAUCUCUCUGCAGCUUUUCUUGUAUCCGAAACUCUCGCACCGACUCGGUACUGCGAAGAGCUAUCGUAUUUUCCUAGCACUCUUCCCAGUGGCUCACACACUGGCCCCGUUCCUGAGUCGUGUACCGAGCUGGAGCGCGCCGCCAGCUGGAGUUAACGGACCAUUUGUCUGGAUAGCCAUCAUUGGAGUUCUUUUCAUUCAGGUUCUUGCUCGCACAUUUGCACUGCCAUGCACCACAAUUUUGGUCAACAACGUCAGCCCACACCCCUCGGUGCUGGGUACUGUGCAUGGAAUUGGGCAGUCGGUUUCAAGCCUGACAAGGACUGUUGGACCAAUCAUGUUCUCUUGGGCUUUUGGCAAGGGUCUGAACGUAGGGAUCGUGGGCCUUGGCUGGUGGCUCAUGGCAGCUGUUGCCUCGGUUGGUUUCAUUGCUGCGCAGUGGGUGAGAGAAGGCGAUGGGCACGAGAUUCUCCUUGAAGGAGAGGUUAAGGGGAAAGAUGGGGAGGUUAGCAGGAUUGAUUGAUCGUUCUCACACCCUCAAAGUGUACGCUCGAGUCUUGCAUGGCUAAGGGGCGCAAAUGACUAUAUCUGCCUGUCGCACCCACGUGUGCGCUCAGGCUGCGAACCAUUCGUUCAGACGAGCCGUGGAGGAUGCAGCCAAGCCAGCCAAGAGCUGCUCGUCACGCUUGACCUCACCACCAUAUGGACCAAAGCGGAAGCUCGUGAAUCUCAUAGACGGAAAGUCGGGACCUCGCGAACA